AUGGCACCACUGGGUAACACAUUUGACGGUGAAAUUCGAGAAAUACCGGGAAUCUAUGUUGACAGUUUCAGCUACAAAGCCCUAGAUAGCCGAUAUAGUGAAAAAUUACGGUACUUGAUUGUGAAGCAAUACAAUGAACCAUUUGAAGUACAAACUUUCCGUUCACCGGUGAAAGUUACUAUGUUGGAGAGCUAUCAUUGUCCCGGUUCAUCAAUGUUUUUAUUUGAGUGUGCCACCAGUGGUGUAUCGUGUCUUGCAACUGGUGACAUAAGAGCGGAGAAAUGGUGGGUCUCCUCACUCGUCAAAAACAGGUUUUUAUUCCCGUACAUUACAGGAUUGAAACAACUCGACCAAAUCUACUUGGAUACAACUUUUUCGUAUCGUAGGGAACCUUAUAUCACAAUCAUGCCCAACAGUGAGGGGAUCAUGGCUCUCAUCGAGUUUCUUAAGCUUUACCCAGUUGACAGAGAGAUUGAGUUUUCAUUCCUCGAUGCAGUGUCUGGUUCGGAGGAGAUAUGGUUGCAGGUUCUAGACCAUUUCAAUGGAACCCUAGACGCCGAUUCUUCCAUACUUGAGCGCGUACGGUUGCUAAAUACAAACAAAGGCCAGCAGCCCACCCCCAAGCUCACAGGACCUAUGACUUUCAACGUUGGAAAUUUGUACAAAGAUGUCCCACUUAUGAUCACCAUCAAACACUGCAUCGACUUUAAUAUCGUGGACUAUGCCGGUUUCUGUCUUCCGAAAAGACUUUGUGAUAUUGAUACGUCAAGUCUCACCUUGCUUCGGGUUCUGAGCUCAGGACAUCAGAUUUAUUCAUACGACGACAAGACUUGGCUCCUCCCGCUUGAUGGGAAAGAGCUACUACCAACUAAUCUCUUGGUCAUGUUUUCUCGCCAUUCGUCGUAUCAAGAGUCAAUUGAAUUUGUCAGGCUAUUCAAACCAAAACUGGUGUUUCCGUGCGUUUCAACAAAAGAGUCGUGGUUGGGUGGGUUUACAGUAGGUCGAGUAUUUGGCCAAGUUUGUUCGUCUUCCGAACAUUUGUUUGAUGUUGAAAACUUUCGAAAGUUUGGGCAGCCACCACGCAUACUUUUGGAGCGUCCUGUAUCCACAAUAAACCGAUGGUCUUUUGAACAGUGUGCAGAAGAAGUCAGUUUUGUCAAAAAUUUCAUUACCGAGCCAAAAGCAUUCAAGGGUCAAAUGCAGUGGAGUCAGAGCAAGCCAGAGCAAGAAUUGUGCACUCAAGAUCUCAAACUACAAUCAAUUAUAGCAGGCAGGGGAGAGGAAAAGUAUAAGCAAGUUAUUGAUUACCAUAAAAGCAAAGACCUCAAUCUCAUUGUUUCCGCAGUUCAUGAGAGAUACAAUUGCAAAGUUGACCUAGACACUGAUACGGAGUCUGCGUGCUCGACUGAUUACGACUCGGACUCCCUGGCAACAACAAACAACUCUGUUGUUGCUUCGAGUUGUGUAUUUGAAAAAUCGUUCUCAGAAAACCAAGCAAUGCCUGAAUGCAACUUCCUAUCGCCGGGUCUCAACCAUCGCAAAAUUUCCCAAAUAUCAAAUACCAUUCGCUCAGAUCGAAGAUCAUGGAACUCCUUCAGUCUUAGAUCUGUCACCAAAAAAAAAAGAAAAGAAAAACACGUAAAUAGAGUCAGCUAG